GUUUGUUUUUGUUCCUCCUCUUUUUUCUUUACGUCUAAAAUGGAGCUCACUGGGAUGUAGCCGCUCGUCGUGUCCUCUUCACCUCGUCACUGUUGGAGAAUGAUCCAUCGGCAGGUUCUUUUAUCCCAGGUUUUGGUCUGCUUUGGGUUGACUGGUCAUUAUGCUGAUGCAGCUCUGUAGUUUCAAGAACUUGUACCAGAAUCGCUUCCUGGGCCUGGCGGCCAUGGCAUCUCCAACCCGCAACAGCCAGCACCGCCAACGAUGUAAAGGUGCGGUUCGUCACAGCUACGGACCGGAGAGCUACGCUGUCAACGGUCUGGACCGGGAGGCCUUCAUGCUGGGUCUGACACGGUCCACCAGCGACACUGACCUGGUCUCCCCAGACGCCCGCUCCACCCUCACCAUCAGCGCCUCCUACUACACCAUCAGCCAGUCUGAAGACCUGGUUAUCACGUGGGAUAUCAAGGAGGAAGUGGAUGCCGGGGACUGGAUUGGAAUGUACCAUGUUGCUUCCUCUCCUCCAGAUGAAACUUUGUCUGAGAACUUUCUGGACUACAAGAACCGAGGCAUCAGCGGCUCUCAUAAGGGACAGAUAGUCUGGAAAAUUGACUCCAGCUCCAACCUCAAUGACUCUGAGACCCAGGUCUGCUUCAGAUACUACCACGGCGUUACUGGAGCUCUGAGGGCGACCACGCCCACUGUGACCAUCAAAAAAGGCCCUGCACCUGUGUUAAAACCAGUGGUUAGUCCUGAAGUCAACCAUGGACUGGGCAACAGGAGACUCAUUAACUUUUCGCUCUCAGACCUCCAGGCAAUCGGUCUGAAGAAGGGCAUGUUCUUCAACCCCGACCCCUACCUGAAGCUCUCCAUCCAGCCAGGGAAGCACAGCAUCUUCCCCUCACUGCCACACCACGGCCAGGAGAAACGCUCCGGGGUCGUCUGUAACACAGUCAACCCACAGUGGAGCACAGAGAGGUUUAACUUUGUGUCUCUGCCCACCGAUGUCCUUGAGAUCGAGGUGAAGGACAAGUUUGCCAAGAGUCGUCCGAUCAUCAAGCGUUUCCUGGGGAAGCUCUGUGUUCCUGUGCAGAGGCUCCUGGAAAAACACGCCAUCGGGGAUCGGGUGGUGAGUUACUCUCUGGGCCGCAGGUUGCCAACAGAUCACGUCUGUGGACAGCUGCAGUUCCGCUUUGAGCUGACCUCAUCCAUUCAUCCAGAUGAUGAGGACGUGUCUCUGGUCAUAGAAACGGCCUGUCCUGAGGGACGAAACACAGAAGAUGUCCACCAUGAUGAUGACACACUGAGUGUGGGACCUGACAUGCCUGACCUCCCCCUGGACGUCCUGCCUGUCCCCGAGAUGACCGCAGAGGAGCCCACGCCGGAGGAGGUCCCACCUGUUGCUGAGGAGGAGGAGCCGUCACCAGAGGUGGAGCCUGUAAAUGUGGAGGAGGAGAGCACAGAGCGGGAGGAGCCAGUGUCUGCAGAGCCUCAGGUGGAACAGGUGGAGCAGCAGGAGGAGAACAGUGGAGGAGGCGCAACAGAGGGAGAAGAAAGACAGGAGGUAAGGCAUCAGGAAGAAGGAGAGGAGGAGCAGAGGGAUGAGUCUGCACCCCAGACUGAGGAGGUUCCAGAGGAGGUAGAGGAGGUUGGGCAGGAAACACAACCAAGGCCAGAACCUGACAAUCCUGUGACAACAAACGAUGAAGCUACAGCUGUGGAGGCUCCUCAGGAGGAGACAGAGGGAGGAGAGAGGGGCUGCACCUCCUGCUCCUGCCAGUCCCUCUUGUCAAACUGCAACUCCCAGGCUCCCUCACGCCGGAAAAACCGGCCCUGCUCCCUCCCGGUGUCAGAGCUGGAGACGGUGAUCGCGUCAGCCUGCGGCGAGCCGGAGACGCCGCGGUCCCACUACAUACGGAUUCACCACCUCCUUCACAGCCUCCCGUCGGCUCAGUGCAGACCUCCCAGUCAGGAGGAGGAAGAAAACUCAGUGACUGUUCAGGACACCACGUCCACGUCACCUCCACUCAAGAGCUGCAAAGACAGAGAGGAGGAGGAGGAGGAGGAGGAGGAAGAAGAAGAAGAGGAGGACACCACACAGUCUCCCUCUCAGGUUCCAGAGUGUCCAGGUCCCUGCUGCCGUCGCUCUCUCCCCCGCAGCCUCUCCAUCGAACGUCUGUCUGAGCUGAACCAGCUGCUGGAGGGUGAGGGAGGAGUUCAUGUGUCCAUGAGGAGGAUUUCUCCCUCCUGCCUGGAGAGUGAAGAGGGCGACUCCAGUCACGGAGGACGAGGAAGAAGAAGAGUCUGCAUGCAGAACACACUCAGGCCUCCGGGUGAAAACGAGUGCGAGUUCUGCGACACUUCCUGCUACAGCACCUCCUGCUACAGCACUUCCUGUUAUAGCACGUCAUGCUACAGCAACUCAGGCUACGAGGGGAGGGGCCGCUUCUGCAGCCACACCCGUCUGUCCUCAGUGGACAGCAACAGACUCUCCGGCAGCACCGUGUUCUCCUCACAGGAUGAAGAGGAAGAUGAGGAGAGCGCCUUCGAGUCGGUGCCUGACGGCGUGAACACGCCAGAGGGCCAGGAGGCGGGAGGAUCAGGAGGAGAGAGGAGGGCAGGGAGGUGGAAGGAGACCAGGAGAGGAGAGCAGGGGGAGCUGGCUGUGGCCGGACCCAGUGACAGGAGCAGUGUCGGCUCAGGCUCCUCCCCUCCCGUCGGCCAUCUUCCAGUCCUGCGUCCCAGCCAUGACCUUAACCAUUUUCCUGCUGCCACUGACCCAGCCUUACCUCCAAACUGGGAAGCUCGUAUCGACAGUCACGGCAGAGUUUUCUACGUAGACCACGUCAACAGGACGACCACGUGGCAGAGACCGAGUCACAGCGGCAAGUGUAACCAUGGCAACCAUGGCAUCCCUCGCUCAGGAUCCACCCAGCAGAUGGAGCAGCUCAACAGGAGGUACCAGAACAUUCAGAGGACCAUGGCCACAGAGGAGGAGGGAGGGAGCCAGAGAUUAGAGCGCAGCAGCAGCACAGAGACUGAUCCAGACUCUCUUCACACAGGUCCUUCAUCUCCUGUCAGUCACCAGAAGAUCAGUCAUCUCCUCCAGUCACCUGCAGUCAAGUUCAUCACACACCCAGAGUUCUUCACUGUGUUGCACAGUAACUAUGCAGCUUACCGAAUGUUCACCAGCAGCAGCUGCGUCAAACACAUGAUCCUGAAGGUGCGACGCGACGCCAGGAACUUUGAGCGCUACCAACACAAUCGAGACCUGGUGGUUUUCAUCAACAGGUUUGCAGACACUCAGCUGGAGCUGCCACGAGGCUGGGAGAUCAAGACUGACCCUCAGGGCAAGUCUUUCUUUGUGGACCACAACAGUCGGGCAACGACGUUCGUCGACCCUCGCAUCCCUCUGCAGAACGGCCGGCUGCCGGGUCACCUCGCUCACAAACAACAUCUACAGAGACUACGCAGCUACAGUGCAGGAGAGGCGUCUGACGUGUCCAGAAACCGCGGUGCCUCUCUGAUGGCCAGACCAGGAAACAGUCUGGUUGCCGCCAUAAGAAGCCAGCACCACGGAGACUCACACCUGGGUCCAUCGUACAAUGAUAAGAUCGUAGCAUUCCUUCGACAGCCAAACAUAUUGGAGCUGCUGCAGGAGCGACAGCCGAGCCUGAGCAGGAACCAUGCACUGAGAGAGAAGAUCCACUAUAUCCGGACAGAGGGGACCCAGGGUGUGGAGAAGCUGUCAUGUGACGCAGACCUGGUCAUCUUAUUGAGCUUGUUUGAAGAGGACAUCAUGUCCCAUGUCCCGCCUCAGCCCGUCCACCCCGGCUUCAGCUUCUCUCCUCGCUGUUCUCCUGUCUCCUCCCCUCAGAACUCACCUGGCUUACAGCGAGCCAGGGCUCCGGCUCCUUACCGCAGAGACUUUGAAGCCAAACUAAGAAACUUCUACAGAAAGUUGGAGGCAAAGGGCUACGGCCAAGGACCGGGCAAGAUUAAGCUGCUCAUCAGGAGAGAACAUCUGCUGGAGGGAACCUUCAACCAGGUGAUGGCGUACUCACGCAAAGAACUGCAGAGGAACAAACUCUAUGUCACCUUUCUCGGGGAGGAGGGGUUAGAUUACAGUGGUCCUUCCAGAGAGUUCUUCUUCCUUCUGUCUCAGGAGUUGUUUAAUCCAUAUUAUGGUCUGUUUGAAUACUCUGCCAACGACACGUACACCGUUCAGAUCAGCCCCAUGUCUGCGUUUGUCGAGAACCAUCUGGAAUGGUUCCGUUUCAGUGGUCGCAUCCUGGGUCUGGCUUUGAUUCACCAGUAUCUUCUGGACGCUUUCUUCACCAGACCCUUCUACAAGGCCCUGCUCAGACUGCCCACAGACCUGUCAGAUCUGGAGUAUCUGGAUGAGGAGUUCCAUCAGUCCCUGCAGUGGAUGAAAGACAACGACAUCACCGACAUCUUGGACCUCACCUUCACUGUCAACGAGGAAGUCUUUGGUCAGGUAACGGAGCGGGAGUUGAAGUCAGGCGGCUCCAACCUCCAGGUGACUGAGAAGAACAAGAAGGAUUACAUCGAGCGAAUGGCCAAGUGGAGGGUGGAGAGAGGAGUGGUGCAGCAGACGGAGGCUUUGGUCAGAGGCUUCUACGAAGUGGUGGACUCCAGGCUGGUGUCGGUGUUCGAUGCGCGGGAGCUGGAGCUGGUCAUUGCAGGGACCGUUGAGAUCGACCUCAGUGACUGGAGGAACAACACUGAGUACAGAGGAGGUUACCAUGACAGCCACAUCGUGAUGCGCUGGUUCUGGGCGGCUGUAGAACGCUUCAACAACGAGCAGCGCCUGCGUCUGCUGCAGUUUGUCACGGGGACGUCGAGCGUGCCGUACGAAGGCUUCGCCGCCCUGCGCGGAUCCAACGGCCUGCGACGCUUCUGCAUCGAGAAGUGGGGCAAAGUCACGUCACUGCCCAGGGCUCACACCUGCUUUAACCGCCUGGACCUGCCUCCGUACCCGUCUUACACCAUGCUGUAUGAGAAACUGCUGGUGGCUGUGGAGGAAACCAGCACGUUUGGCCUGGAGUGAGCGACGCGGUGAAACUCUGGCUGAGCCAGAACGUGAAAGAAGCCAGUGCUGUGGGCUUUUCCUGAAUUGUACUGGACAAGGUUUGUGGUCGUGUGACUGUUUCACUUCUUGACAGCAGCCAGCACUGAGUGCACCACAGCAGGACUGGAGUUAUUUUUAUACACUGGUGGUUUGUACAUACCCAAGGAAACAGGAUUUAGAGUUGCAUGAAUAAAAUGCAUCAUUCAUAAAAAAUACUUCACAAAUGUUAUAACAAAGAUGUUCAAGAAAAACUGAACAAAUGGAGAAACAUUUAAAGAAAACUAACAUACCUGAUUUAAAACUUUGAAUCGACAGAAAAGAUUUAAGUAAUCAAGUAAUAAAUUACACAAUAUAUAGAAUUUAAUGUACAGAAGAAAUGGAUUAAGAAGAGAAAGAGAAGCUUUAAUAGGAGCAUGUUUGACGAGUCAAAAGAGGAAAGAUUAAAACUUGAAACAUGAAAAGAUCGUUUGUAUAUUCUAACAAAUCUUCUCUGUUCAUUCAAACUGAAUUAUUUGCUAUUGGCGUGUGCAAAGUUCUGCACACGGACUCUCAGGUAGUUUGCUGCUCUGAUAUAAUUCAGAUAUUAAUAAAUGAUAUAAUCUAUAAUAAAUGUUGCUUUAAAGGAGCAGCUCAAAUUACGAUGGAACAAUCAUGUCUCAUUUUUAAUCCACGAGGACGUUAAUCUGGACUGAGACAGGACAGAAAUACAGACGAAAGGAAAAACAAUCAAAACGUCAUUGAAUGAUCGACAGCAGCAGCUGUUAGUGUGUCCACCGACAAGGCUUCAAAUAUGUGAAAGAAACAACUCAACAUCAGUUUGCCCUUACAGCAGCAGUGAGUGUAACUAACAACAGGAGAUUAUGUUCACGGGACAGCUGAGUCAGGGAAACCAGAAGAUUUGGCUUGGAUAAGAAAAGGAGGAAUCACCGGCAGAAACAAUGAAGCCAUGCAUACACACUGUGUUGUUGUGCUUCUAGUUACUGUGGCGCUUCAGGAGGAGACUUUGAGAGUUUAGAGUUCAGCACUGGAGAAAGAGAACUACGCAAGUUCUUCAUAAGCAACUGUCCUUGAGUCUUAUUCAGAGGCAGCAGAUCCACUUAAAGGAAGUAGAGUAACGUCUUGAAUGUGUGGAAACAGACUUUGCAUCUACUACAACGCUCUAUUCUUGUAAUCAUGGAGUGUGUGUGUGUCGCACAGGAAGGUCCAGGUUAAACCUGAUGAUGAUGAUGAUGAUGAUGAUGCUUCUCUUCACUGAAUGGAGUCAGUCUCUCCAAGCUUUUUCUGAUGUCAACAAAGUAGCCAUCAAUGCCAACGCAAGGGCUUCUGGGAUUGCUUCUAUGGAGACUUUAGUGUGUUCAUGUCUUCAUGGUAAAGACCGUGUGUGUGUGUGUGUGUGUGUGUGUGUCUACUCCAGCUGUUUAAAGGCCAGUGACAGUGACUCGUGUGCCGUUGUCCAUAGAACAUAGAACACUCUGGUCCAGGUCCUGCUGUCUGAACUCGUACUCAAGUCUUCCACUGAUGAACUGUAACGUGGUGUUGCUCUGUGCACGGAGCAGGUUCUCCAACAUCCCAACUGCUGGGCUCCAUCAGAUCUGCCUACUGGACCCGAUCCCGCUGGACCCGAUCCCGCUAGACCUGAUCCAGCUGGAUGACCCAGUGUAAUAUAUGCAAUAGUUAAAGGCUGCUCCACUGUGGUUCCGACUGCACACUGACUGAGUGUUCCUCCUUAUUCCAGAACAGACACCGUGCCUCACUUCCUGACUGUCUCACGUGUUUCAGCGUCACAUGAGACACAUCCAGAGUUCUUUUCUCUUCUUGAUCAAACACAACAUGAAUCUCAAGUCUCAAGUUUAAGUUUAUAUUCACCAACAACAAAAGCUAAAUGCUAACAUUUUAAUCUAAUUUGCUAGAUGUUGUAAAGGUUUAAUCUGUAAUCUAUACAUGUAUAAGUGAACAGUCAGUCACUGUGGCAAACAGCUGUUUGUGACGCUGAAUCCACCACAUUAUGUAAAGAGGCAAAGCAGGUUAAAGGUCAGUGUGGUGUGGUGAGAUGAUGAUGAUGAUGAUGAUGAUGAUGAUGAGGAGUCCUGGUGCGAGGCUGGGAUUAUUUUGCAUUCACUGUCUUUUUUUCUAUAAAUCUUUUCUACUCUUAUUUCUACUGUGACGUGACUCUGACUGAAGGGAAGUCCUGAAACUUUCCUUCAACGUUUUUUGUUUGUUUGAUGACGACGAUGAUGAAGAGUUUUCAGCCUCAGUGUCUGUUUUUCAUUAGAAAUGUUAACAUUUCCGGUUAUUUGUUGUGACAUGUAUCCGUGCAUUGAAGGAACAGCUUGGGUCUUUGGCCUGUGGUUGGGUUUAGUUACUGAUAAUAACUACACUGUCACUGUUACACAACACAAGUUUGUUAACAAACUCACUCACCUGAACCAAAGUCCUGAUCCACCGCUGCCUCCGUCACUGAGUUCUAACGUGUUUGAAACAUCAGUGAAUCCUAAAAACACUGAUUCUGUCUGUGAGCAGUUUAUAAACUGAAGUGUCCUUGUGUCUCUGCUGCCUGUCUUAGGAUGGGUCUUGGUGCAAAGGGGCCAGCAGGGGGCGCACAGAGCUGAGACUGUGUAUUAACCACACUUCAAAAACCACUCGACUAUCACUUUAAGCUACAUUUCCAUCACUGAGGUUCUUGUUUGACUGUACCGUACAUUUCAUAGUCACAUGUAUUCAGCAAGUAAUGUGUGUUUUGAGCAGUUUUUUUUAUUAUUAUUUUUAUUUAUUAUUAUCAUCAUUAUUAUUAUCAUUGUUGAGAUUUUUGUAUGAAGUUUGGUGUCACAUGUAAAGACAGUGAACUAAAGCCCGGCUCUCGUGUUGUAGAUCUUCAUCACUGUUAUUCCCAGAACUCUAAUACAUGAAUGCACUGAGUCAAGCUAUCGUAGAAAUAUUUAAGUAAACAAAAUCAUGGGUGUCUACAGAAAGGUGACGUGGUGGCAUAUUGUAGCGCAGGUUUGGUAUUUGUUUCUUUUUUAAGUUAUUUAUUUGUUAUUUAUUGGUUUUAUUUUUUUUAAAAAAGGGAAUAUAAUGUAAAGGACUUGGUGGAUGGUAACAACUUUACAUGGGAGGAAACUCUGAAGCAUGACGUGUGUUUUAUUAUUAUUAUUGUUAUUAUUAUUGUUGUGUGUGUGUGUGUUAUACACAGCUCUGUUUCUGUCUGAGAACAGGUUGUUGAACACUCAGGCUGUGCUAACAGUGCUAACAGUGCUAACACUCAACCAUACCAUACAACUGUUUAAGGAGCUCAAUAAAAAAGGUCACUUUGUUA